AUGUCAACUGAGCCGCCCGCCUGGCCGGCUCAGGACGAACACGAGUCGCGAUCUCCCGCCGGAACCCGUCCCCGACGGUCGCGUCGGAAGAAGGACGACGACAUUGACGUCGAUCGCAAAGAAAACACCAAACUCUCCAAACCAAAGGAUAAGGAUAAGGACAAGGACAAAGAGAAUCAGAAGGAAAAUUUGGACAACAACUCCGAACCCAAGGAGAAAGAAACGAAACGGGCCAGUCGACGUCAGCGGGAUAAAUCCUCCUCCACGUCAAACAACACGACUCAAUCGACCACCUCACAUCCUCGCAAGAAGCCCAAGCUGGAACCGUCGCCGCCGGAUCAAAGCCCCAUACUUGCUCCGGCCAUAGCUGCUGCUCCAGCAGUCUCAACAGCUCCAGCUUCUACGCCAAUAUCCACCCCCGUGCCAGCUCAUGUUGCUCCUGUUUCUGCUCCUGCGCCCAGUCCUCCGACACGUUCGCCCCCAGAGCUAGCAGGAAAUCCACAGCCUCCCCCCCAAUCCCUGAUGCAGCAGUCCCGAUCGCUCCAUACGUCCUCGCCGCUACUCUCUUCGUCCCAUCCCACUCCUCCUCCCCCACCAGCUCCCUACCCGGCGAUGCUUUCGUCGGCGCCUCCCCGACCCCAAUCCCAACCAUUGGCCCCUCCGCCUCAGAGGACCAGUGGCCAGAACUUUGACCCCAUACGAUCUGCUUUCGAUACGACCUCAUCGGCUCCCGCUCCAAGUACCGCCCCGGUUUCCGCUGCGUUUAGUCCGCCCCCGCGCCCAAUCUCUCCUCGGCCACCAUACCGCGCCAGCGCCUCCCCCGCUAUAUCUAGCAUAAUUGAUCCUCCGCAGAACACAUCGCCUCCUCUCUAUGCUCCCCGCCCGUAUGGAUCCCCUGGUCGCGUUGCGCCGGGCUACUCGCCGACCCCCAUGGCAUCUACAAUUGCACCCGCAGCCACUCAGCCCCCGCUCCAACACCCUCAAGUACAGACACCAUCGCCAUAUGGACCUCCCCCGCAGGCCAAACCCUCCCAGGAAUCUCACACUCCUGGUCGAUUAACCCCAUCGCAACCUCCUGCGCCGGCGCCAGUGCUGGAACCCAAGCCGUCUCCGCCUGCAAUCCAGAACCCUUCGUCGCCAGGGCCCACACCUAUGGAAGUAGAUAGCGAGCCAGCCCCAACCACCACCAAAGCGCCCAAAAAGGAAGCAAAGCCUCCUGCAACAGCGCCUUCCUCGAAUGCGCCGUCUCCAAAACCUUCACGACCGGCGAAGGAGGCGCCUCUUCCGUUGCCUCAAGGCUCUGGACUCAUUUCCAAUGCGUUGUUUGGUGGUGUGGAUGAUAGCGCUUCGGAUACCUCCGCCCGCCGCACGCCAAAUAUCAUCGUGCACAUCCCCCUCAAAGGACACGCAAAUCAAAUCGUGAAUUUUGCGCGUUUGGCGGAGGAACAGUAUGGGUUUGCUGCCCUGCACCCAAGGCUAGCCGCUCAUAAAGAACGCCUGGCUCGAGUGGCGGCUGCAGGCGCUGCUCUCGAGCGAAGUGAUCGAUCCGGCCGGGGUCUUUCCGCUGGCGAAAGCGCAGACGAGGACCUCAGUCUCGAUGCUGACCGGGAUAGCGAUCUCGAUGGGGAGGGCGCAAUGAGUGCAGCACCCGCGCCAACCAGUGAGCCGGCGGAUGGUAAGAAGAAGCGUCGCAAGAAGAAAAUGGAGGAAUACGAUCGAGAUGAUCCGUUCGUGGACGAUAGUGAGAUGGUCUGGCAGGAACAGGCCGCAGCUAGCAAAGACGGGUUUUUUGUAUACAGCGGUCCCUUGGUCGCUGAAGGUGAAAAGGUGCAGGUCGAAAGAGCGGACGGCACGAUCAAACGGGGUCGUGGUCGUGGACGCGGUGGCCGCAACCGAGCUCCGCCAACGGCUCACCAUCAGGUACCUCUAGCAGCGGCGGUCCCUAUCUCACAGGAAACGGGUCUUCCCAUCCGUGGUCCUGGUUCAAGGGGCGGCAAUAUCAAUCGCCGACCCCGCGUGAGCAAGAAGGCGGAGCAAGACAAGCCUGGUGCAUCACCAUCGGCAUCACAAGGACGAGGGGGAAGUAUCGCUGCUCGUGGAGGCUCGACCAGCCAUCGCGGAGGCAAAGCCCCAAUGGUAGAAUUAGCACCACGACCAAAUCUCGCUCCAGCUCCACCAGUCCCGAGUCCAGGUCCCAGCCCGGAGGUUGCCACGAAAUAA